UACAAUAAUUCAACCCUCAGACCCGGGAAACAGGGGCUAAUAGCCUUCCGGGGUAGUUCUCGCUUUCAAGUUAAAAAUAUUUUGAUAAACAGAAGCUUUCUCGCUCAAACACGAUAUACUUUUUUCUUUCUCCUUGAUCUUUCCUUUCACCGCCAUUCUGCCUGCAAGCAUCUAACAUCCUUCUAGUCAGGUCCACCUAGAAACUUGCUCAUUUGUGAUUUCUGCCUCCGACUCCGAUCACCGAAAGGUGCUCAUAGACGUCGGCUUGAAUCACAGCCUAUCCAAAAAUUAGCAUUGCUUUCUUGUAACCUCUUCAUGUGGCCAAAGCAAAAACGCCUUGCUCUCUGGUUCUUGUUAUUAGCGUCUGCAGCUGCAUUGGCUGCGACCUUCACCGCCACUGCUAGGGCAGAUGGUAUAAAUAAGUCAGCAGUAGGAGAACUAUUUUGGGCAACGGCAAAACAGGAGGAUGAUUUGUUGAGAAAGGCGGCAGCUGACGAAUCGGCGAUUGCGGGGAACGACGAGGGCAAAAAAAAUGACAAUAAUGAUGGCGAUCAUGACCUCGAAUUCGAUGGUGGUUUCUCUUCUCUAGAUAGCAUGUUGCAGUGGGCCAUAGGUCAUUCUGAUCCAAUGAAGAUGAAAGAAACAGCACAGGAUGUUCAACGUCUAUCUCCCAAUGAGCUAAAGAAGCGCCAAUUGGAAAUAAAGGAAUUGAUGGAGAAACUGAGGACACCAUCAGAUGCAAAACUGAUGCAAAUAGCAAUAGAUGACUUGAAAAAUUCUUCCCUUCCGUUGGAAGAUCGCCAUCGUGCAUUGCUAGAGCUCUUAAUUCUUGUCGAGCCAAUAGAUAAUGCAAAUGAUUUGGGAAAACUUGGGGGCCUUGCUGUGGUGGUCCAGGAGCUUGACAACCCUGAUUCGGAGAUACGAGCAACUGCUGCAUGGGUUCUUGGAAAAGCCAGUCAGAACAAUCCAGCUGUUCAGAAUCAGAUUCUAGGACUUGGUACAUUGGCAAAGCUAGUAAAGAUGGUAAGGUCCAGUUCUCUGGAAGAGGCAACAAAAGCUUUAUAUGCUGUUUCAGCCUUGAUCAGGAGUAACACAGGUGGGCAAGAAUUGUUCUAUGCAGAAACUGGAAGUUUGAUGCUACAGGACAUAAUGAGCAACCCAAGCAUUGAUGUUAGACUUCGUAGGAAAUCUGCUUCUCUUGUAGCUGAUUUGGCAGGGUACCAAUUAGAAAUUACAAACAAAGCAGAGCAUCCUUUCUUCAGCAAUCAUUUCUUCCUGAAAUCUGUGGUUGAUUUAACUGCUUCAACUGAUCUUGAUCUACAGGAGAAGGCCUUAAUGGCAAUUAAAAAUCUCCUACAACUACAGACACCUGAAGCUCUGGUCUUCAAGGAUAUCUGUGGUCUGGAUGAAGCAUUGGAGAGAAUGAGGAAGCAGCUAGAGCAGUUAAUGGUAGGGGAAGACCAGACAGAUUAUGCAAGGGACCUGGAGAGCCUCCGUAAAGAAGUGGAGUGGAUUUUCCUUAGAAAGCUAGAAAAGGCACAAUCUUCUACAUGACAUGAAGGCAAGCUCCAUCUAUCUACUUUGGACACACGAAGUAUCUGGGAUGUGGAUUGCAUAAUGCUUAUAUCACCAUAUGUUACCUCAUGUCUUGGUGCCAGGAGCUCCUUAAGGCUGAGCCAAGAAAGGUACUGUUGUCUUAAAUCAUCAGAACUAUUUGGCAUCUGCACAUUUCGGUGGUGAAGGAAAAAAGAAAAAUGACAUAACGGACGUCUGGUAACAUUUUUCUGGAAUGCUUCUGGUGAUCCAACUAUGUUACCGAAAUGGUAUCUUACCUAAAAACUGAUAACCAUUCAACUGGUAGCAUCUCUUUACCAAAAUAAAACAAAACAAAAGCUGGUAGCAUCCUAGUGAUAACCGGGUAUUCAUUCAUGUUGGUUUGUGAUUGGUUAGAGUUAUUCGGUUAUCUUUCUGGUA